AGGUAUAUGUUGCAUCCCUGCCAGACUUAUCUGUCCACUCUGCUGCAAGCUUUCGACAGGAUAGUCAGAGCAGAUCUGCAUCAGUAAAGUCUCCAGAAAUCCCUGUCAAAGCGUGUUGCAGACAUGGGUCGCCAAGAGGCCGACAAUGUGUGGAAAAAGGUCACUGAAGACAUCCGGGAGAUUUUUGACUUCAUGGAGGAGUUGGGAUCAGGGGCCUUCUCAGAGGUCUACAUGGUGAGGGAGAAGAAGACGGGAAGGACUUUUGCCAUGAAGUGCAUCAAGAAGAAACAAAUAGGGGACCCUAAUCUGGAGAAUGAGAUUACAGUAUUGAGAAGAAUCCAACAUGACAAUGUAGUCGGGAUGGAAGAUUUCUAUGAAAGUCGGACACAUUUCUACCUCGUCAUGCAACUUGUUUCUGGUGGCGAGCUCUUUGACCGGAUCUUGGACCGAGGGGUGUACUCCGAGAUGGAUGCCAGUCGUGUGAUCCAGCAGGUGCUGCACGCGGUCAGCUACCUACAUCAAAACGACAUUGUGCAUCGGGACCUGAAGCCGGAGAACAUUCUGUACUACAGCUGUGAUGAAGACUCUAAGAUCAUGAUCAGUGAUUUUGGCCUGUCAAAGAUGGUGGACAAGGGCAUCAUGUCCACCGCCUGUGGGACUCCAGGAUACGUUGCUCCUGAGGUGCUGGCACAGAAACCUUACAGCAAGGCAGUGGACUGCUGGUCGAUUGGAGUCAUCACGUACAUCUUACUGUGUGGAUAUCCUCCUUUCUAUGAAGAGAGUGAGACACGACUCUUCUCUAAGAUCAUGAAGGCGCAGUAUGAGUUUGACCCGCCCUUCUGGGAUGACAUUUCUGAGUCUGCUAAAGAUUUCAUACGUAACAUGAUGCAGAAGAACCCCCACAUGCGUUACACGACUGAACAAGCACUCAGGCACCCUUGGAUAAUUGGGAAGACGGCCAGGAGCCAGGACAUCUAUAACUCUGUCAGCGUUCAGAUGCAGAAGAACUUUGCCAAGUCCAAGUGGAAGCAAGCUUUCAAUGCUACGGUAGCCAUCAACCACAUGAAGAAACUACAGCUGGCCCACUUGGAUCAGGUCCCCAAGGUUACCCGCCUCCCGGACAUACAGGUGGUCCAAGUGUCCUCUCCCAUCAUGGAGCGCAAGCAUCUCGAUCCAGAACCGGAACCCAAAGUGUCUGAGACCAAUGGCAAAAUCCUGGCCACAAAUCACAUGACCCUGCCCUCGAACCACGUGGAACUGAAGAGUCACUACCACCCGCUGAAGACCAGCCAGAGCACACCGCACACGCCCAGUAUAGCUGAGCAGGGGAAGUACAUCUACCACUCGGAGCCCGCCAACCUCAAUGGGUAUUCUAAAAACAGAAAUGGAAAAACUCUUCAGACAGGCGUUUGUUCCAUCAUGUGAAGCUCCGAUGAAGUAGAUUUGGGAAAAAGUACUCUUUUCUUGCUCAGUGCUGCUGUGCUUGGGUCAGCAUGCAGCUGUUUUGUGUCUACAGCGCCCCCCAGCCCUGAACAUGGGAAGUGGUUGGUUCCUCUUAUGGAGCUGAGCUGUCUGCAAGGUCCACAGUCAGUGGGGACAGUUUAGUCACAUUGAUUUAAUGAUUUAGUUCUAAAGUGCCUACGAGGCUUUCCCACAGACAAGAAUAAGCACACUUACACUUUAGAGCAGAUAAGAGAGCAGUGAUGGGCUUACUUACUUGUUGGACACUGUCAUGGUGAUCCUCCCAGAGUUCUCAUGCUUCUCUUCAACAUUGGGGGGGAUAACAUGUUUAAUGUAUGCAAACAUGUUACUGUGGUUUCAUACCAUGUGACAAUGCUGCGUUUGUAAAUACAUAUCAUACAUAAUGUGUCAGCAUGCUUGUUAACUUAUGCUUUUUUGUCCUGAAAGUCCUCUUUAGCUUUCUUAAAAUAGUAUUUACGACAUUUUUAAAACCUGUGUGUUUAAGUAAACAUCAUAAACAGUGAAUUAUUGUGUUGCUGUAUGGGUAUAGAUGUAAACUAUGUCUAUAUAAGGAAAACCUACACAGAAUGUGCAUUCAUGUUCAUGACUGUCACGCUUCCUGCAGCAAAUGAAUAAUAAACACUAUA